UGAAUCUCGCAUCACUAACGGUGCACUUCUCGCGCGUCACGAUCGUCGCACCAUAUACCUGGCAUCUCGUAACACACUCCCUUCUUUCUUCUAUAAUAAACUAUGCUCUCUAAGUCCAGGGUGGACGUAAAGCCAUCCUAGGCUGAAUUAGGACAAGAAAGCUGAACACACGGCAAUUCGGGGCUCAGUGUCCAUCUCUCCAUACUCCGCAUUCGCUCACCGAUCCUCGCGCGCCAAAAAAAUCUCCCAUUUCUGCGACCGAUGUCCUCCUCAUCCGAGCCGACAUGGCUCCAUGGACGGCGUUGUGCCUACUGCUGGCCACUGCGACAAGUAGCCGAGGAGCUGACACAGAGGAGCGACUGGUCGAGCAUCUCCUAAAUCCUGCUCACUACAACAAACUCAUUCGGCCAGCAACAAAUGGCUCAGAGUUGGUGACUGUGCAGCUGAUGGUGUCACUGGCGCAGCUUAUCAGUGUGCAUGAGAGAGAGCAGAUCAUGACUACUAAUGUCUGGCUCACUCAGGAAUGGCAGGACUACCGUCUCAUAUGGGACCCAGAUAAGUUUGAUGGCAUGAAGAAGGUUCGCCUUCCAUCUAAACACAUCUGGCUGCCAGAUGUUGUCCUCUACAACAAUGCUGAUGGGAUGUAUGAAGUGUCCUUCUACUCCAAUGCUGUAGUCUCAUAUGACGGCAGUGUGUUCUGGCUGCCACCAGCAAUCUACAAGAGUGCCUGCAAGAUUGAAGUGAAGCACUUCCCAUUCGACCAGCAGAACUGCACACUGAGUUUCCGUUCGUGGACGUACGACCGCACAGAGGUAGACCUAGUGUUGCGUUCCGAUGUGGCCAGCAUGGAUGACUUCACACCAAGUGGUGAGUGGGACAUUAUUGCGCUACCUGGGCGUCGCAAUGAGAACCCAUCAGACCCAGCCUACGUGGCCAUCACAUAUGAUUUCAUAAUCCGCCGCAAGCCACUCUUCUACACCAUCAACCUGAUAAUCCCCUGUGUGCUGAUCACAUCACUGGCUAUUCUGGUGUUCUACCUGCCGUCGGACUGUGGUGAGAAGAUGACGCUAUGCAUAUCCGUGCUGCUAGCGCUCACUGUCUUCUUGCUGCUCAUUUCGAAGAUUGUGCCACCUACAUCUCUGGAUGUGCCACUUGUGGGCAAGUACCUGAUGUUCACCAUGGUGCUUGUCACAUUCUCCAUUGUUACUAGUGUGUGUGUGCUCAAUGUGCACCACCGUUCUCCCACCACCCACACCAUGCCCCCAUGGGUCAGGGUGGUCUUUCUUGAUAAGCUCCCUGCCCUACUCUUUAUGCGACAACCCAGGAACAGCAGCGAGCGGCAAAAGCUACGGCAACGGCGUCGUGCCAGUGAGAAACUCGGUAUACCGGGUCAGGAGAGUGGCGAGGCGUGCACAUGCUAUGUCAAUCGAGCCUCGGUCAAGCAGUUUGGAGGAGAGGUGAGUGAAGGUGGUGGAGAAUCCAUGGAAGGAUUAAAUGGCCUGAGGGAUGGAGGGCGCGAGGGCAGAGAGGGCACCUCGGCUUUGCCACGGACAAAGCAGCAGCCUCCUGCUGCUAUUCCUCAGGGCAUUCUGGGCCAGGCAUGCCCAGGUUUCGAGGAAGCUGUGGAAGGUGUGCGCUUUAUUGCCAACCACAUGAAGUGUGAAGAUGAUGAUCGCAGCGUGAGCGAGGACUGGAAAUAUGUUGCCAUGGUAAUCGAUCGCCUCUUUCUCUGGAUUUUCGUCUUUGUGUGUGUCUUUGGCACAGUGGGGAUGUUCCUGCAGCCUCUCUUUCAGAACUCAUCCAAGACUGUCAUGAACACGCCUGGCUGACCAAUCGGACAUCCCCACAUCACAGGAUGAGAGAGGAGGGAGGAGAGAGGGCUCAUACCAAGGGUAACUGAAAUGGGUUUGUGUCUGACUCUAGACUUGCUCUUCAGCCAUAAUCCUCUAGGUUUAUAUGGAGACCUUUUUUGGAAUAUCUAAACACAAUCAAUAACCACACAGCAAUUUUUUUAAAAUGCGAAGCACUUCUCAUCCAGUACCCUCCCUCAUCUCUUUUGAGUGACACUAUAAGCAAGCAAAUCAGGGAGAGAGCACACUUCACUCUGCCAGCCAAUCAAUGUUAAUCUCUGCAAGCAGCCUGCUAUUGAGCCAUCUUCACCCACGAGCUCCACCGUGUGACAGCUAGAGAGCAUACAGCUUUCUCAAGAGACCAGUGACUGCUAAUUUCUGUGGAAGAAAUGGGUUUACGUAAAAAGUCAUUUUUAUUUCCAUCUAUUCUAACAAUUUUCCAGUACGAUUAAUUUUUCAUAGUCAUAUCUACAUGCUAUAGGGCAUUGCACAUACAGAGACCAAUGUCAUUUGAUUUCUUUCUGUGUGAGAACACAACUCAGCUCAGUUUAGGCUUUGAGGCAAUAUUGUAUUAUUCUCUUAACAUAACCAGGAUGUGUUUUAAAGUGACAAUACACAGUGAUGAGGGGAUAAAUGGAUAGCAAUGAAUGACAAGCAGAUAGAGAUUAUCUGUAUGUUCUAAAUAUAGAAUUGUACUGAAAAAUGAACCUUUGCUGAAGUGUUGCUGAAUUUAACCGGGAAACAAGUUCUGGAAACUGUACACUACAAAAGGGGGAAAUUUUUUACAAAUCUCAGUUCUGAUGAAUGGGAAUUAAGACAGGCUGAAUAGGUAAAAAAGUUAGAUUAAAAAAAAAAUAAUCAAAGACCAGAUCCAUUACAGAUAUGUGACAUGCAUAUCAGAGUUAAGUUCCUCUUUUCCUUUCCUUCUCUUCUCUACACUCUCAUUUGCUUCUACACGUUUGGAUACCUUGUGCAGCUCUAAUGUGUGUUGCCAUUCACUAUGAAUGAAUGGUGGAGCACACACAGUGUAUUAUUAAUGUUUUGAGACUCUGUCGUUUGUAGUGGUGGGUAACAAUACACUCCUGCACUAUGUUUGUACCAUAACCUUGCCUGCACCGCCGCUAUCCUCUCCAUUCAACUGCAUCUAUCUCAUUGCUUUCAUCUUCUCCCUCUAUUUGAUCCCCUACCUUCAAAGUUACAAUAGAGUGAAAUCCUAAUAUCGUUAUACUCUGUAUCAUAAACACUGUCUGUAUGAAUUUUAAUCAUUCACUUGCCUGUGAAGUAUGAUUAGGGGUCGCUCAAAGCAAGCCUUUUGAUCAGGGUGGUUUUUCACAACAAUAACCUGUUACCUUUUUUCAGCUUUUUCUAAGCCAGGUCUUUCCUAAAGAUUAUUAUAGAAGAGGGUCAUUGAAAAUCCAUUUGAAAGUCCACUUGUGUGUUCCUGCGUGCCAUUCAGGUGAUUCAUCACUGUCCUCAGAUUCUCCUGCAUAUAUAUUUCUCCAUCAUCGCCUUAGGGAUCCAAGGCCAUGUUUCCAAUCCUCUAAAGUAACCUUAACCUUCCUUCAAAUGACUUAAGGAAAAAGGAAUUAUAUCAUAUUUUCUAUUUUAUUUACAUCAACAAAUACUUGCCAAGAGAUGUUAUGCUGACAAAUAAAGAUGCACCUUUAUGCAUAAUUUAAACACACACCCAAACCCACACCUACCCACACACACACACACACACACCCUUCCCAGACUCACGCCUUUAUUCCUCUGCCUGACCCCUCACUUUAUCUUAACCUGUUAAAUAAAGGCUGGAGGUUCAUUACUUAUAUGUGUGUAUCUGAUUUAUGAUCAAUUGUGUUUACUUAAAGGUGUAUUAAUGGUUUUUAUGAAUAUACUGAGUAAAUAUAUUUUUCAUGAUUCCUAGAGAAGACAAAGCUGCAAUAGUAAAAGGGAAACAACUAUUUAGUCCAGUAGCAUAACUACAGUAUGUGCUGAACCAGAACACGUGCCAUUGUGAGUAUAAGGUAUUUUAUUCACUCUGACAAAUGCUGAGCUAUACUCCAUAUUACAUUCAUGUGCCUGCAAAGGCAGAUGUCCCUAAACUUUUGGAUUUUCUUCAGUGGAGGCAUCCAAGAAGAGUUUUUCAUUAGAAUCUAGAUUAUUUACAUACAUUUAGAUUUCUGACAUGUGUCUCUUAUCCAGAGCAAUUUACAAUUUAUCUCAUUUUAUACAACUGAGCAAUUGAGGGUUAAGGGCCUUUGCUCAGGGAAACUUGAUGGACUUGGGAUUCAAACUGACAACCUUCUGAUUGGUAUUGACACCUUAACCACUAAGCUACCACUUCUCCCAUCCCCCCACAGAUACCACCUUUGAAAACAAGAUCUUACCAUUAAUGCUGAAAGACUUGGUAGAAAUGAAAGAGAAAUUUAAGGGGUAUACAAAUGGUAAGAUAAAAAUAAAAAAUAGACAUAUAAUACAUUUUUCAGUAGAUCCUUUUUUUUUCAGGAGGAACAUAAAGUACAGUAGUAGAAGUUAUAAAGCUUACACAGGUGUGAAAAACUGGGAAUUUUUUUUCCUUUUUCUGGGAAAAAAAAGAAGCAAUUGAAUGGACAAGAUACAAAAAAUAUUUUUUAUUUUUAUAUUGCACCUACAAGAUCUAAUCAAGGUCAUAUACUAAUGUGUACAUGGGUUGUAGUGGCUUAUAAUUCACUAUGUUGAUGUAUUGUAGAAUUAAAACAAUGCUAAUGAGUUUGUUAGUUUAAUGUGCUUUCCUGUAAAAAUAAAUAUGCCCCUCAUUUUAUAAGGUAAUAAAGCCCUCAUUCACAGCAGAAGAUUGGCCAGAGCAUCACCAUAGUGCAUCUGUCCACAGUGAUGUAAAAGAAAACAUGAUUUAUAAGACUAAGCCACCUUCUCCCAUUGAUCUAUAGUCCGGUUCUGAUGCUGACUGGCCUGCUGUGUGUUCUGACACCUGUCUAUCAGAGCCAGCAUUAGAUUUUUCAACAAUUUGUGAUACUGAAGCUCUACUGCAGAGGUGGACAGUAAAGAAGUACAUUUACUUGAGUACUAGUAUCUGUAAUUUACUUGAGUAUUAUUUUUUCUGGAUACUUUUUACUUUAACUUCACUACAUUUGAAAGACAAAUACUCUACUUUUUACUCCACUACAUUUCUGUCAAGGUCACUGAGUAGAAAGUAGUUACAUUUAUCAUAGGAUGAUUUUUUUUUUCACUCUUGUAGCGUCACGUGUUGUAAAGUUCAGUGGUUUUCCAUAAUUUUCUGAACUCAAUUGCUGACAAAAUGGACGAAUAUAUGCUUUGUAUGUUAUACACCACCAACGCAUUGGUAAUCAUGUUAGUUAACACACAAAAACGUAUGCUGUGUCCAAAUUCUCAUACUAUGUGUCCUAUAUAGUAUUCAAAAAUAGAAUUAGUAUGCCCCAAAUCAUAGUAUACUGAAAAGAGUAUUCCAGAAAUUCCUGGAUGUUCUACUACUUCCGGUAGAAAUUCAAAGUGCAGAACAAUACACACUCUAACGGGUAAUAUUGCCCACAACGCAUUGCACACAGGAGGAAGGAUCCUGGACAAUGGUGUAAAUGCAUAUUAAAACGGUGUAAAUGAAUUGUGGAAAUAUAUAUAACUCUUUGUUAAAGCCGUGUUGCUGUUGGGUGGUUGGACAGCUACAGUUGUGUAGCUGGGUUUUAAAGCAGG